AUGAGUCUACACCCCACUCCCGUCUACAGGGCCAGAGACAAGGCGAGGGCAGCCGAGAAUCGCCUCCGAACCACGGCGCAGGCGUGCCGGACGGACUUGAGGGCCUUCUCGGGAGCCCAGCGGGACGUGGAAGCCGGCAUCGCCAAGAACCUUCCCGACGUCCUCGAGUCCAUCAGGGCCAGGCUGCAGGAGGCCGAGACCACCGUCGCGGAGAACGAGGCGGGCGCGAGGGAGAACGAUGGGAAGGUUCUGAUGUCGGACAAGCAGGGCCACCACAAGAAGGUCCUCAAGGACAACAUCGACUACCGCGCCCUUGCAAGGCAUGGAUGCCCCCCGGAGUUGAAGGAUAAGAAGAAGGAGGUGGCCGAUGUGGAAAAGGAAAUCUCGAAGACCGACAGCGAGAACGUCCGAGGGAAAAUCGAAGAUAUCGAAGAGGAGAGGCUAGGCAAGACGCAGACGCGCGCCGAACUCAAGGGCCGGCUGCACGGCUUGAAGGGGCAGAUCCGAGGGUACGAGGCGAAGCUUAACUCGGACACGUACAGGAACAUCGAGGAGAAGCACCGUCGGAAGAUGAUCGAGCACCGCACCACCGAGAUGGCAGUGACGGACCUUGACAAGUACUGGACCGCUCUCGACAAGGCGCUGCUCCGGUUCCACACGAUGAAGAUUGCCGACAUCAACAAGAUCAUACGGGAGCUCUGGGCCAUGACAUACUCCGGCGAGGACAUCGAUAUGAUCGAGAUCGUCUCUGGGGACGACGAGGAUAGCGGCAAGGCCAAGCGGUGA